UGUUUACAAACAAAUUGCGCACGGAGUUUCACGAAUGUGAAUUUUUGUUGUGAUUUUCACGGUAUUCGGUUGUAUUUUCCAUUUUCUAGUGAGUGUAAAAGUGUAUUAAAUAUGCCACAAACGGAUCUCAAUCCGGAAUUCUCCGUAAACAACACCAGGGCGUUCCCCUCGCUAACGCAACCAAAGAUCGUGGGCAGCUUCAGCGUCGACGCCGACCGGCGGUACAUUCCCACCGGGGACAAUCUCAAGUACCUUGCACUGCCAAAGCCCGGAUCGAAUGGUCGGAUUCACCUGGAUUUGAACGAAGGUUUCGAGGUGCGCCAGCCCAAACCGGCCUCCGCAAAGGAUGAGCAAAUUGACCACCUGCUGCGGUUCAUCGUGGACAACCUGAACCGGGGGUUCCGGGAGCGUGACCCCGAGGCGGAUCGCACGCUUGGCACCGACUUUGUUUGCUUCCGCGGGCUGCUCCGGAUGGUGAUGUGCACUCCGUACGAGCGCCGAACCGGUUGGAUCAUUCUGGCCACCCGCUACCGGGGAACCAUCUAUCUGUGCGCCAAAGACACGCCGGAAAAGAUCCGGGAAGAGGCCAGCCAAACCGAGCAGCAAAAACGGUUCUGCUACUACGGGUUCAAGUUUGAGCAGCACGUGCUGAGUGACGAACCCGACCAAAAACCGGACACAACCGCCCCCGUAAUUGAAUCGGAAGAAUUCUGCGCCAUGUUCAGCGCAACCCUAGAAGGCAACCGGGUCCUGUACGGUGCGGAAAUGGACGGCGUGUUCCGCACAGAUCCGCUCGACAAGCGCCACCUGAUGGAUGCUGCCCUGCUGAACCGGCUGGAGUUUGUCGAGGUCAAGGUGAAACGGCGCGAGUCGAACCAAAGGCAGGUGGACAAUUUUUAUCGGUUUAAGACGCGCAACUGGUGGUGCCAGAGUUUCCUGGUGAACAUUGGCCGGAUUUUCGUAGGGCUGCGGGACGAUCGGGGCGUGGUGGACGAAAUUCGCGAGAUGGGUCUGAAGGAGCUGGACCGGGACUCGCGGCAGUACUGGUCGGCUUCGGUUUGCAUGGCGUUUUGUUCGCAGUUCCUGGCGAUGGUCAAGGACACGAUGGCGGGGGUGGACUGCAAGGGAACCGUGUAUCGAUUCGAGUACGACGCCAAUCGGUGUCGGAACGUGACGUAUCAGGUUUUUGAAGGCCCGAACGAGGAGUCGUUCCUGCCCGGGUGGUACUGCUCGGAAGUCAAAUAAAAGAGUAAAGUAAG